GUGGCUACAUUGCACGCAUAGCAAUCCUAUCUCCUUCACAGAAAAUUUAACUAACCUGAGACUUCAGUCAGUGGCACACGGUCACCUUAUUAAGACGGGGCUUUAGUUACAUUUUGUAGUUGUCUCCUAAUAAUUCGAAUUCUUCUAAUGAUCAUUUCCACAAGGUGGAGCCAAAAUAAAGGUGAAAAGACGGAGGCCGCUGUCUCGGAGAACAGUUACAGCGACAAACUGUAGUUUCAGAAAGUCACUUAUUUCUUUUGGUUAAGGCUCCACGUAAUGCAUAUAUAUUUUUGUGGGAGUAUACGCGGAGGGAGGCAGGACGUGGCUAUUUAUAGGAGAAUUGUGAAGAAACUGCAGAUGUAUGGGGACGUUUUGACAGAGCAUGUCAGCCACGCUGAUCUCUCUGAGAAAGGUGAGGAUGCUGUUCUAGGAGAUAAAGCUAUCCAUGACCGGGAUAUGGAGUGGUUGGCUUUGGCGGAUGUCAUAGUUGCUGAGGUGACGCAGCCAUCUUUAGGGGUCGGCUAUGAACUAGGUCGGGCCGUAGCCAUGGACAAGCGGAUUCUUUGUCUUUUUCGAACCUCAUCUGAGAGAGUGCUGUCGGCCAUGAUCCGAGGUGCUGAUAGCCAGCCAGCCAGCUCUCUCUUUCAGGUACACGAUUAUGCAGAGGAGGACGUUGAAGGUAUCUUGGAAAAGUACUUUGGUGAACUGGCCAAGACCUAACGUGUACUGUAAUACAUCAUGCAGCUCUUCUAGGCGGCAUAAUUUUUUUGUAAGUGUUUUUGUAUUUAUACAUGAAUUAGUUCGAGACACAUGCAGUCUGCAUUUUCUUUUUAUGAUUUUGACACAGGGCCAUUUGGAUUUGUUUAAAAAUAGGUCUGGAAUAUAUAAUGUAUUGGUAUUGAAAACAUGUAUUUUUUUGUCUUUUAUUUAAAAAAAAUUACUGUUCAUUAUUUCUCAGUGGUCUAAUAUGAGCAAACCCUGGUGAGGAGCACUGUGGUAUGGUUUCACUGUACUUGGAAAGACCCAGGUCAUAAUCAUCCUUCGUUAUUCCCCACCUAAGAUUAUCAUUUAACUUCUCUAAUAACCAUCAAUUCAUAACCUAACUAAAAAGAAUUUAGUGGAACAAUGAUCUCAGUGAACCAAUAUAUUACUUUUCAGUAUUAAAUAAACUUGUUUCAGAUAAGUCA